AGGCGAGUUCGCCCUGCACGGGAAAGUUGUUGGUAGUAAAAAGUGCCACGUCUUCCAAGCUGGAGUCCUGAACUUGCCGGGCCCUUGAACUACAUUUCCUCCCCCGCCCCCCAUUCGGUAAGGUCAGGGCCCGUCUGAGUUUCUGUAGGGACAUUUCUCUGGGCCAACGCCAUGAGGUUUUUGUUGUGGAACGCAGUCUGGACGUUGUUAGCCACGUCUUCCAGCGGAGCUCUGAUCCCCGAGCCCGAAGUGAAAAUCGAAGUUCUGCAGAAGCCGUUCAUCUGCCAUCGCAAGACAAAGGGAGGGGACUUGAUGCUGGUCCACUAUGAGGGCUACUUAGAGAAGGACGGCUCCUUGUUUCAUUCCACCCACAAGCAUAACAACGGGCAGCCCAUUUGGUUUACCCUGGGCAUCCUGGAAGCUCUCAAAGGCUGGGACCAGGGCCUGAAGGGGAUGUGUGUCGGAGAGAAGAGAAAGCUCACCAUCCCUCCCGCCCUGGGCUAUGGAAAAGAAGGGAAAGGUAAAAUUCCUCCCGAGAGCACACUGAUAUUCAACAUCGACCUCCUGGAGAUUCGAAACGGGCCGCGAUCUCACGAGUCCUUCCAAGAGAUGGAUCUUAAUGACGACUGGAAGCUCUCCAAGAAUGAGGUUAAAGCGUAUUUAAAGAAAGAGUUUGAAAAGCACGGGGCAGUGGUGAAUGAGAGCCACCACGAUGUCUUGGUGGAAGAUAUUUUCGAUAAAGAAGAUGAAGACAGAGAUGGGUUUAUAUCUGCUAGAGAAUUCACAUACCAACACGAUGAGUUGUAGAGACUUCCACCCGUUUUCUGUAACAGCCGUCAUGAAACAGAGGGCAAAUUGCCCUUACAUUUUUUAAGUGUUUUGUUCUUGUUUUUUCUUUUAUAUUUUUAUAUAUAUUGUUUCUAUUAUUUAAAGAACCCCUUCAGUUCGCUAAGUAUGCAUUUCUCUCUGUUAAGUUAUUGGGAAGGAACAAUUUGAGGAGAAGACCUCUGGGCCAGUUUCUGUCUUUCGCAUGUGAAGUCUUGAUUGAGUUUUUUACUUGCUAAUGUAAGACACUGUGAUGGAGGAACGGAGACCAUGUUGUGGGGAAGAGGA